AUAAGGCUGCGCCAGGCAGCGACCGGCAGUGCGGGCUCUCCGCGGCUCCGGCAUGGGGGCUGCGCGGGGGCUGCGGCGCGCGAGGGGCCGGGCGACGGCGGCUGGCGACUCAAGCUCGACGCCUCCCCGGGCGGCAGCGCGGCCUCCCUGGUGCUGAGCCUCUUCCUCUGCUGAGGGCCCGGCCCCGCCUUGCAGCCGCUCGCCAUGUCCAUCAUGGAUCACAGCCCAACCACGGGGGUGGUGACCGUCAUCGUUAUCCUCAUCGCCAUUGCAGCCCUGGGCGCCCUGAUUCUGGGCUGCUGGUGCUACCUGCGCCUCCAGCGGAUCAGCCAGUCGGAGGACGAGGAGAGCAUUGUGGGCGAAGGCGAAACCAAGGAGCCCUUCCUCCUGGUCCAGUAUUCUGCGCGGGGACCUUGCACAGAGAGGAAGGCCAAGCUGAGCCCCGGGGGCCCCAAGGCACAUGGCUAGCGGCAUCCCACGGAUACUGUGAAGGACAAGCAGGGCUGCGCCCAUCAGUGUGCCGAAUGCUUGGCCACUCGCAGCCAUACAUGCCAGAGGAAGAUGACCCUCGUUGCUCCUGACAAGAAGUCUGUUGCUGGCAAUGGGGGUGGGGGGAAGGCGGCAUGAGCUACUCAACGUGCUACUUGAAUUGCCCUCUGAGCCUUGACAUAAUGUGAGCAGCUGUGGAGGGAGUGCCUGGGGGAGCCUCUCCUGGAAGAAGCAACACACAGGGUGUGAGCCACGCUUGGAUUUAUGAGACGCUGCAUGAGCCCUGCAGGGAAUUCUCCAAAACUGGGGUGCGUGUGCGAUGUUGGACUUGCAUUGCGUUCCAGGACAGAUCAGUGCUGGCAUCGGCAGCUGCAAAAUGCGGUUCUGGAUGGCCAUUUUGUUGGUGUACUUUAAUAGGGGCCCAAAUGUGCAGACCUACUUCCAUGAGGGCCUGGCCAAUGCUGCCUGGGAAUGGUGGGAGUCUGCUGUCCCUGAAGCGAGGGGGGGUGUCUUGGGGGAAUAGCAGUUUGGUUGCUGAAAACAACAGCCUCCCCCUCCCCCCACAGCCAGUGACGACUGCUUUCCUUUUGGGGUGCCGUCAGAAGGCUGCUGGGAGGCUGUGAUUGGGGUGUGCGCAGCAAAAGGGUAGAAAAGCCCUUGUGUAACUAGCCAUUUCCUUGCCUGUGGAUGCAGACUUCUGCUCUUGGUUUGGGGAGGGUGGGGUGGGGGGACUUAGCUCGUGUUCCUCAGAUGUACAGUUCCCAGUGAGUGUAUUUUUGUAGCUAAACCUGUCCCCUUCAAGGGGCUUCUGGGAAUACCCAGCUAAGCACCAGGGGAGAGUGUGUCCCACCUCCCAGCAUCUUUGACCUUUCUUUUGCUCAUUUCCACUUGUGCUUUGAUGACCAAAGGGAGACCCUGAUACUUUGAGAACAAAGCCCCUCUUCCUUCCUUCCUUUCUUUGGCCUAAGCAACACUGCAACUUAGAAUCCCCCAUUUCAGCCCUUCUGACCGGCUGCUGAAGCAGUCAACCCUAACUCUUGCACAGCUUUGCGUGGAGUUCCCCCUCCUCUGUUCACGGCUAGCAGUUUGGUGACCCCAUCUUGUUGCCCUCAACUGCGUAAAUGUUGCUUGCCACUGACAGCCUCUCAUCAUCACACCCCCACCCCCACCUGAGGCAGGUAUGGCAGAGGUUCCCUCUGUGCCAAGCACAGAGAACGGGGACACCCUGGGAUGGAAGCCUUGCUCGCCCCACUCCUUAACUGUAUAAUUAACACUCCUGAAAGCUCUAAAUAUAAAUCUUGAAGGUAACCAGGUUGAACAUUUUGUGUAAAUCUGGCACUGAUUUUGAGCUGAAGAAGGAAAACACGGAUGGAAUAAUCUUGGCUUGUUUGUGGGUGUGGAAGAGGUAAGGGAAAGAGAAGCCUCAUGUGGCCACCCUCCAAAUUGUUUAAUUUAGGUUAAACUGAUACAAAAUCUAUCAAAUUAGUGCAAUUUUAAAGUGCAAAGAACAAUCCCUGCAAUUUGACAAAUUCACAAAUCCUGAGACCUGCCACUCUGGGUCCAUGACUCAUCAAAAAAAUACUGUUGUUUUUCUAGUCCAGCAAAAGGAGGGAGGCUUUCUAGAGACAUUUCAAUAAAGUUUAUUCCAGGCUCAGCAGA